AUGGUCGCCCGAGCCACCCCAGAAGAAACGGAAAUGAAUUUCAACUCCCGGCUCAACCCCGGCUUCCAGCCGGUGAUCGACGCGAUGAAACGCCAUCUGAUUGCCAUGAUCUCCGGGUCGUUGCCGAUUUGGAGUUUUUUUGUUAGCGCGGAUGAACGGAUGUUUGUGGAACAAGAAUGGGCCCUGAUCACGGAAAGAAUGAACUUAUUGUACCCAAGAUGGCACUUUACAGAGCAGCUCCUGCGAGGCCAAUGGAAAAUCCUGCGCGCGUGCUACCAGCGGGAGCGGAAGCGGCUGCUGGCCAAUGCGAGAAGGCCCAUAAAGUGGAAAUUUUACGAGGAGAUGCAGUUUCUCGAGGACUCCGGCAUGCACCCGCCCGUCCCGCCGCGUGGCGUCGACCCGGACGGCGAGCAGUGGAUGGCUCAGCACAAAAAGUUGACCAAUGAAAUGUUGGAGCGGAGUAGAGCGAUAGCCAAAGCUAGCCGUCACUACCUGACCGGCGCAACGGGCCUCGAAGUUUUGAAGGCCGGAAUCCCCGCCUACGAGACGCGGAUGACGUUUCCGAAACAAGAAGUUCAGGAGCCUGUGGAGCCUGAAUAUCCGCCAGACUUCAACUUUAGCCGAGUGCUCGAAGGAGCCGAGGAUUAUGAAGACGGUCUAGACGGCCUUGAUGUUCAGGACGAGCUCGACGGCCCGAGCUCUGGUCCAUCAUCUUCGACGAGUAACGACGGCCCCGGCGCGCCGUUGCCAUUCUUCCCGAUUCGGCCGUAUGGCGGCAGUGCGGAGUGUCGUGAAAGGCUGUCGAGCUUCCCCCUCACUCAACAUGGGGCCUACUCGGCGAAAAAGCGCACAGCAACGGACACUAAUCAGAUCACGGAACCGAAAUCCGACAAAUACGAGUUAUUAGGCAGAUCCGUGGCGCAGACGCUAAGCCAACACGGGCCCGGCGACGAGCUGAUCGUCGAGGAGACCGUCAUCGAGAUCGAGGAGGCGCUGCAGAAUUUUAGGAAGAAAAUGAUCAAAAUGAAGCGCUUCAAGCAAGAAAAUGGAAGAUUU